AUGUCCUUAGCCCAACAUGUCUCCUCUUUCGAAGGCAUUGACCACGAGCCCGAGCCCGGCGACGUGGCUUUUGACGACCGGGCCAGUCUGCUCAGUUUCCAUAGGCUAUCACGCCAACCCAGCAUGGCCCUGUCAAUCAGCUAUGACCCUCUCCCUCCAGGUGGCGCCGACAAGAACGCUGGGGUUCCCGAGAGGUUGGAGCCCAUUGCCGCAUACGAGGUGUCGAGGGGGAUGAGGAUAGCGCAGGUAUCUGUUGGUGUGAUCUCGUGUGUCCUGGCGUCCGGCAUUGUCUUUGGCUUUGACGCUCUCAAAACCAUCCUCCUGGCCGAGGGAACCUACAGAGAUCUGUGCACCGAGGACGAACUGAGAAAGAAUGUCCCGUUGUGCUAUAUGCAAGACCAAAGGUUAAAUCUCACCUUUGUCAUCGCCUCCGUCACCACAAACAUCUCUGCUCUCUUGGUAGGAAGCAUCCUUGAUCGAUACGGCCCACGCGUUUGCGGCAUCAUCUCCUCCAUCUUUCUCGUCUUCGGCAGUAUCUUCAUGGCCUUUGCCUCGGAUCUCCCUUUUGAUGCCUAUAUCGUAGCGAGCUUCCUCCUCGCUCUCGGAGGCACUUUUACCUUCGUCCCCAGUUUCCACCUCUCCAAUGCCUUUCCUCGAUUCCAAGGCCUUAUCCUUGCGUUAGUCACCGGCGCAUUCGACGCCUCGGCCAGUGUCUUUCUGAUCUUCCGAAUCCUCUACCAAAACACCCAUGGCGCCAUUUCGUUGCGGCAGAUCUUCACCGUCUACCUGGUCGUCCCGAUCUUCAUCCUCGUGUCCCAAAUCACCAUCAUGCCCUCACACAGCUACCAGACUCGCGGCGAGUUGGCUGAGAAAAUGGACAAGGCCCAGGACCCCACGACGGACGUGCACGACAGCGAUGACGAGCUCGACGGGGCCAUGGAGGUCAUGCAAGUGCGGGCCGAGAGGGCGAAUCGGCGUCGCCAGUCCAUCGCCUCGAUCAACGACCUGCUGGGCACGCCCGCAGAGCAGAACAAGCACGAGAAGAAGGAGGGCCAGAUCAAGGUCAACAGCGGCGUAUGGGGGAUCCUGCACGGCCUGCCGGCGAGCAAGCAGAUCCGAACGCCGUGGUUCGUCCUUAUCACGCUCUUCACGGUGUUGCAGAUGGCGCGGUUCAACUUCUUCAUCGCCACCAUCUUCUCGCAGUACUCGUACAUGCUCAACUCGGUGGAACAGGCCACGCGCAUCAUCGAGUUCUUCGACCUGGCCUUGCCUAUCGGCGGCAUCGUCACCGUGCCCUUUAUCGGCGCCCUGCUGGACUAUACCUCGACGGUGGCGGUGCUGAACCUGCUGGUGUUGCUGAGCACGCUGAUCGGCGUGCUGGGCGCCGUGCCGACCAUCUGGGCCGCCUACGCCAACGUGACGCUGUUCGUGCUGUUCCGCCCGCUCUACUACAGCGCCAUGUCCGAUUAUGCGGCCAAGAUCUUUGGCUACGCCACCUUCGGCACCGUCUACGGCGCCAUCAUCUGCCUCUCGGGCCUCUUCACCUUCACCCAGUCCGGCCUGCAGGCCCUGCUGCACGACGUCUUCGAGGACGACCCGGAGCCCAUCAAUCUCGGCCUCGCCACCGCCGGGUUAGUGUUGGGCGUCACCCUCGUCAUGUACGUCGACAUCAAGGGCCGCGCUCUGCAGAGAGAGAGGGCAAUCGCCGCGGCCCAAGCGGCAGCGGCAGCGAACGACGAGAGACGACCACUCCUCGGACCCCCGAGGUCAGCCUACGGCAGCGUCCGAAGCGUCAACGGUACACUGGGUAUGACCGGCCCUGGAGCCGUUGGCGCUGGCAAUCCGUUUGGCACCGCCGCUGCCGGCUCUUUCACCGAUCCUGGCGCCGGCAUCAACGUCGGCGUCAGUGGAAGCGGCAUCUCCUCCGCCGCCGCGGCAGGGGGUGCCGCAGGCCUUAAUGCCGGCAUGGGCAUGGGCAUGGGCAUGGACAUGCCCAGCUCCAUAUCCGAAGACUUCACCGCCGCCCCCGCAGGUGGAACAACACCGACAGCACCGUCGGACAGACUCCGUCUACAAGCCACGCCGAGUCGGCAGCAACUUCAGCGGAAUCUGUCUACCGUGGAGGAGACGCGGGAACUAUAG